ACCAGACUAUGAACUGGCGCUCCACUUGAAAAUGAUAAAAACGGUGCAGCGAUGGUUGAAAGAAAUGUCGAAUCAUGGAGGAAGGAAUGGUCGAAUGCACCUUCGGUCAUGUCGGUUUCAGGAGGCUUUGAAUUUGAGGAAAUUUACUGAACUAAGCGUUUGAUAGAAGAAAUAAGAAGAACUUUUGAUAGAAACAAGACUGAUCACUAGAGCCAGUAUGUGGGAGACAGUAACUCAGCAUGCGCUAAGUCAUUUGGGUGUUAGUCGCCCUGGUAAUUGGCAGGGAUCAUCAGAUGCAAGCUACAUGCUGCACACCACACAAAUUCAACACCAACUCAAGGGUUCAUGGUUGAAUACUCUUCCAUCUGCUCAAAGUCAUAAGUGCAUUACCAUAAGUGAGCUUCAUGGUUACACACAAGUAGGCCACAGUCACACAGAGAAUGCCAAGUGUCUCCCACAACAUUCUGCUCUUCACUAUCACACUGUGAAUCAAGGCUUGAAGCCAAUACCAAAUACCAACUCAUUUCUUCUGGCCUGGCUGACUGCAUCACCAAAUGUUCAUCGCAAACAGGAAGACAAAGAGGACAAGAGACAUUGUCCAUCAACAGGGGAGGAUGAACUGUAUCUUAAAGAUGAUACCGGAAAAGUGCAGUGUCAGGUAGCCAUUUGUCACUGGGGUUGGCUCAACCAAGCUUUGUUAAUCCCCUGUUGGAAUGUUAUUCCAGGUGCUGAUGCAAGGGUACAAGGAUUGGUUGAGAUCUGCCCUCGCUGUACCCCCGUGGUCAUCUCCAGCAUAGCCUCAGAGCCUGGACGACUGUCUGACAAACAGCAGACAAUGCUGUCUGCCUCUGCUGCAGUGCAGCUGCUUCAGCAUCAUAACAGCUCUAAGGGAAGAGUAAAGCAAGUCACCGUAAAAGGGACACUAGUUUGUAAGAGUCCAAUAAUAAGCAUUCAUGGGAAACCACUGUUCUUCUUCAAGCUCUCUUCUGAUGUUUCUGGAUCAAGUAGUGUAUCAUUUCUUGCCAAGGGAAGCAACCUCACUUUUUUACACUGUGCUCUACCAAUGUAUUCCUCUUGUUGUGUGACUCAUGUUACUCCUACAACAAUUCUGAAGGGCACAAGGAAGCCUUAUCAUAUAUACCUGUGCAGAAAAGAGACCACAGUUAAUGUCCAGGAGAGUUGCAGUGAGCAUGAGUAUAAGAAUAGCGUCACGGCAGCUGUUACCAAGUGCAUUGAUGCAACUACAGGCAUUUAUGAAUUGGAUGGGAACAUGAGGUUGUACCUGUGUUAUCAGAUGGAUGAUUCUGCAUCCUACCAAGUUCUGAGGUCGGGAUGUAUAGUCACAAUCCACAAUGCUCACUACCAUCACUUGCAGAUUGGAAAGUCCACUGUGCCUUGUGUAGUCUGUUGUAUGCAAAGUACACUCUCAGUAGACACGUGUUCACCUCUGGAUACAGGGCCAAAGAAGAAAUUAAGCCCACCCUUGUCUGGGAUGGUAAGACUUCUUCUGAAGUACAACUUGACCAUUAGCCAGUUAGAGUGGUUGGUUUCCGUCGUGACUCAGCUAGAAAAAAAAUUCACUCCAACUCUCAUCAGGCAUAAGGGUCUCCAUGCCAUUCUGCUAAGACUCUUCAACACACCAUCUACAAUCUCCAAGGAGCCUCUGCUGUCCAAGAGAAAAAGGAACAUCUAUGAAGAGUUCCUGAAUCAAUCCCAUGUCUGCCUGGCCUCAAAGGGUGCAGAUAAUGAACAGACUCCACCUUGGCAGUUUCCAUCCAUGGCAGAAUUCUCUGGCUGUAUUGAAAAGUGCAGAGAGCAGCUAAGUUGGCAUAGAUGCAUGGGAGAAAGUCUGAGUGAUGACACCUUGAUCCCUGGUGAAUGGCACUGUAGGAGCAUACUGUCAACCAGCCUGACUCCGCCCAUGAUACUAAUUGGCUACCUUCACCUUGACUCAGCCACAGGCCAGGUACAACUCAAAGACCAAACUGGUCUGGUGGAUUGUGUAAUUACAAAGGCACACCCUAACUCAUUUGAGUCCAAAGACACCGUCAUAUACCCCACCCCAGACCACAACACUAUAAAUCCUGCAGAGUGUUGCCCAUCAAAAGACAACUCAUCAGAAGUGGCCUUACCCUUGCAGAGGAAGUGUUCUUUUUCCAAUUGUCAUCACAUGCACACCUGGUGUCUAGGACACCUCAUUCGAGUUGAAGGCUUUCUAAUUGUUCAGGAAGAUUUGCCACCAAGCUGUACUGGACCAUCUGGCGAUCCUGGGACAACUGCUCAUAGUAGUGAAAAAGAGGACUUCAAUUCUCUCAGUCAACUGAGAAGGCAUCGUGAGUUUGUUGCAUUCAGCAUGCAGUCUGUAGAGUGCUUAAAUUGUUUGAAUGUUGUCCAAAGCCACAGUCUUGCCAAGGAAUUCCAGAACAAAACUGAAGGUGGAACAGUAACUGCUCUAUGUCAGGAUUGUUCUGAUUGUAACCACCGUGGUAGAAGUUGGAACUCUUCAAAAGUCAAGUCAACAAAUAGUACUCAGAGUGAAAUGGGCAGUUUCAAAUCAACAUUAGCAAACGAUGUUUCCAUUGGUCAUUCCUUCAACACAAAUCUCUUCCUACUUCUCACAAAGAGUCAACUCCUCAAGAGUUUGAGAGAUUCUCUCUCUUUCUUGGUCCAUGUCGUGAUCCUGCAUGAACAAUUGCCAGAGGAAAAAGGAAAGAUUGCGGUAAAAUUACAACAGCAAUCCAAGCUAAGGUCGGCUGUUGUGAGGUUUGUAGGAGACUCAGUGAGGUGGUACCAUACCUUACACAGCGGCUGUGUUUACAGGAUGCAAGGGGAAGUCAGUGUAGUCACUCAGCAAGAGUUCCACAGCAUAACAUCCUUACCUCCUGCCCAGCUGAAGCUUGAAGACAACAGUACAUUUCUGACUGUGUCACGUGAUCUUGCACUGGAACAAAUUCCUGGGAGUGUGUUGCCAGCUCAUAUUCUUCAGCAACUGCGAGUUAUACAGAGUAGGUACAAAGACAAGCUUCAUGUCAGUACCCUACAGGAUAUAACAGCUGACAGGAAAAGUGCAUCAGGAAGCCUUGUCUCAUUUUGCUGUGUAAUCAUCUCAACAAGUGACAGUCCUGGAGACAGAAUUCAUCAUUUUGACAAGAAGAGGAAGACAAGUGAGAAUCCCUCAACCAGGGAUGGUGAGUUGAGGUUACUAGUGGCUGGUACUGCAGUUUCUUCAAUCACCAUGGUAGUCUGUAUGAGUGGAACUUCACUUCAUAGUAUGAGGGGAUUACUACCUGGGGCAUCAGUAACAUUCAGGCAGUGCGUGAGAUCAACAUCUGCCGAUGGCUGUGUCAUCUGCCGUGUAACUCCUCUCACCUCAGUCACAAUUGACACCCUGCCAAGUCUUGUUCCUAGAAGACAGCCUGUACAAGAUCACACAGCCCCGCCCACCAACCAGCAGGAUUCAGCUACAGACACAGUGACCACACCCUCAACCUUUCCCCAGCGAUACCAACAUACAGCCCCGCCCUCCAACCAGCAGGAUUCACCUACAGACACAGUGACCACACCCUCAACCUUUCCCCAGCGAUACCAACAUACAGCCCCGCCCUCCAACCAGCAGGAUUCACCUACAGACACAGUGACCACACCUUUUAUCUCUCCCCAUCAAUACUUCCUCUCCCAUCUUCUGUCCUGUCCUGACUCUGUCUCCCCCACUGAGGUGUUCAUCAUCAACUGUCACUUGCUGGCCAUCAAGUCACUGGUACUCAAAUGGUCUUGUCAGCGUUGUGGUCACAAAGAGUGCAUCUGUAGCUCAGAUAGUGAGGAAGGGGGAAUGCUGACAUCAUCAGUGAGGUUUGUUGUGGAGGAUGGGAGUGCAGAGGCAUUGGUGUGGUGCACUCAACCCUCUGUCAUUGCCGCUGUGUUAGGCUUGACAGCACAGCAAUGGACUCAGCUGGAGUUGGAGAUACGGCGCUGCAAAGAGGUGGUCUACUCCUACAAGAAACCCAACUACAGAGAAAAGGUAGUUUUGCCCUCUCCAACAGACACUGAGGGCCUGGUGAAUCUACUCUGUAGUGAUGACAGUUUACAGAAACCCUUGGUACUGCACUGCCAACUCAGGAACCGAGGUACAAGCAUGAGAAGUUCCUCAGCUAACGCAGGGACAGCUGACAAGCAGUUUGCACCCUCUGUUCAUCUGAAGUGUUUAGCUGCAUAUGAAGGCUAUCAUUGAGUCCUAAGAGUCAAAAACACCUCCAAACACCCUUCAGAAUUCUACUUCAGGUAGGUUUCCACCUUCAGAAGAAAAAACUAAAGAAAAUCUGAGCAAGAUGUGCCUAACGAAGCACACGUAUCAGCCGGUAGUCUUAACUGCCACCAGUUACUGUUGGUAAACACUGGGUAAAUUUUGACCUUUGCCUUGAAAUAGUGCAUAUUCAGCAGUCAACAUUAGUUAAACUGAGCAAAUGUGAGCCGAGUUAGUUCAUACAAUUUGGGAAACAACCCAGUUUGGAUGGCUUGUCGAGAAAUGACCACUGCUGACUACUAGGUGACCUUUGCCCUUGAUCUGCAAACAGUGUCCAUGAAACUUGCAAUAGGGCUACAACUGACCAACAGCGGCAUGGUUUGUAACAAAGCUAGUUCGUCCAUUCUCCAGAAAAUUGCCACUGUUGACCACCAAGUGUUCUUUAACCUUUAUCCAUUAACACCCUAUUUGUAGCUUUGGUCAAGGAUACAUGUGACAAUAUGGCUAACAUUGGCUGAAGAAUGUGACAAAAGUGUCAUUUCCCUUGUUUCAAUGAAAUUACCCCUUGUGACCACCGCAUGACCUUUUGCCAAAUUCUGUGUUCAUUCACUGUAUCUAAAUCUCAGUCCAGAGAUGCAACUAAUCAUAUUUAGCUCCCAUAGGAAGAAUGCUAUGAGAGAAGCAGUGUGUAAUUUUCAAUGUGACCACUUUAUGACUGUUAUGUGACCUGUGACCCCAGUCAGAGUACAACAUGUCUGUACACGUGGCUUGAAGUUUAGUGGUUAUACCAACAUAAGAUUCGCAUUGAGGAAGAAAAACUGGCAAAUGGAGAUACAGAAGGACCACCCUAAAUCAGCCUGGCUAAUAUAAUUUAUACCCAGCAAGAAAUGAGACCGCGGGGUACCCCCCCAACAUGUCCAAUCCCUAUACACA